GAAUUGUCCGCUGCCGUCAACACCACUUACAGUGACUACGUGGCCACAUUGACUCCACGUUUGAAGUUGAUUGACUUGUUCCUUGUAUUUCUCGUAGCCUUGGGAAUCUUGCAAUUCGUCUAUGUUUUGCUUGUGGGAAAUUUCCCCUUCAAUGCCUUCCUUGGUGGAUUCAUCUCGUGUGUAGGGCAGUUUGUCUUGACUGUUUCGUUGAGAUUACAGAUCAAAUCGGCUACUAAUGCCGAGAGAGCAUUCGGAGACUUCGUGUUUGCCAGUUUGAUCUUGCACUUCGUGGUUUACCAUUUCAUCAACUAG